AUGGCGACAAGUCCGUCCCCAUUAGAGAUUUUAGCCCCUCUCGGCAAACUAGAUGCCACCGAUGCGACAGUGCAGGCAGCGGUGACCAUGCUUGUGGACCAGGCCAGAGCUCUUCCUGCUGAGUCCAUCGCCGACCUGCUCUGGGACACAUGGGUUGCUGUGUUCGAGGUAGCUGGUCAGACGCCCGUCGACCGGCAAGGUAAACUUGUCGAGUUUAUGGUCGAGCUGCAAAAGGUAAAAGUUACGGGAGCAAACGGACAGCCGUUGAAAGAUGAGAACGGCGGGGUGGUAUGGACGGACCUCCCAACCUUCGGAUGGGUAGCCAGGGAGAAAUGGAAUUUUGAUCCACGAAAUACCUUCGCCAGCGAGUCAGACCGCAAAACAUGGGAGAACUGGACUUCCUUUCUCGCGCAGCUGACUGCGCGCGCUGACCCUGAUCACCCGCAGUUCGACUUCACUAUGUACGCACUAUGGGCGAUACGUGAGGCUCUUGAGGAACCGGAUGUGGGGGACCCAUUUGCAACAGCCCAUCGGCUGGCAGCAAUAUGGAUGCGAUUCUGCGGGAAGCAGAUACGCCAGUUGUCGCUUGAUGAGCAAGAGCUACCAGAGAACUGUGGCGCGCCGGGAAGCAAGCACAAGUGGUGGGGGUUUAAGGGCUUCAGCAUUGACCGCUGGAAGUUGUGGCAGAGAGAACUCAAGGGAAUCGGUGACCGCAAUGAAGAUGCGCAGAAAACGCUGGGGAUCAUGCAGGCGUGGGACCUGCAGUUACCGGAAGUGGUCAAGGUGAACAAGCAUGAAUGCCCCAUCGUCCAGCUCCAAGGCUCUGUCUCCGUCGCCUCCGCUGAUUCGCAUCUCGCUGCAAGCUGCAACGCUUCCCGCUGCACGCCGAAUUUGCCUGCGCCGGAUCGACAUUCAGCACUCAGCAUUCGCACCAACAUUAUCGCUGCUGACAGCUCACAACAACCAGCACGCAGCACUCAGCCCACGCAGGCCCUCAAAGCCACAGCGCCGCUGAAAAGUCCGCGGUCGCAGCGGUCGUGGUGGCCCGUGGGGCGCCCCAAAAACAAUGCGAAUGCUUGUCCCGUCGCCGUUGCCGACCGGCGAUCGCCUCACAAAGCUCACCCGGCUCAACCGACGUCACCACCCGCCGCUCGCCAUCCCGGCUCCGGCCAUCUGGCCUUGCUGGAUGCGGCCGAGAGCGUGACAGGACUGGUCCUCGAUGACGAUGAUGCCCAUAUCUUUAUCAAGGAAGAGUCAUUGAGCCCCAUCGUCACAUCCACUCCGGUAGUUUCUGUUCUCUCAGACGACCGGGAGAACCCUAAACCUUCCCUGGCGGGGCUAUCAGAGCGAAAGCCGAAUGGCUCUUUACCAUCACCAACAAAGUCCUCUCAGUACCACUCGGUUACCAGUUCCCGCAGGCAUGGAAGAGUGGGGAAGCCCGUGUCAAGAUCUCUCCAUCGGGGACCCCCAGCAUCAGGGAAUAUGAUUAUCCCACGAAGAGUGGAAGACUGGGAACCAUGGAAGGACAUUCUCCAUGACUUGUACAUCACACAGAAUCGAAUUCUCCGAGAUAUUAUUGUCAUUAUGGAGACCAAGCACAAUGUCCGAGCGACGCCGAAGAUGUAUAAGAACCAGUUCGCGAGAUGGGGCUUCUUCAAAUAUGCUGUGAAAAAGCGGCCGCGGAUCCAGUCAGACUCGUCUGUGUCUGACCGAAGCACCGACGAUCUCGAUAGUAUGCAAAUCGUUCGUCCCAGCAACGGGUUGAUCCAUGCGGGUGACAGCGCGCGUGGCAUUCAGUCAGGUCUGAGCGCCAUCCGUCGUUUCCUCCAAGCAUAUGUUGAUCAGGAUCCUGCAAAUCGAAAUGCCGAAGAGGUAGCCGGCUUCGUCGACCCCUGCUACCGUUACUUCAAGGUUGCCAUGGAUCUGUUCGAUCUCCGAGAGAAUAUCGAGGGAGGUCAGGUCUUACGCCUGGCCUUUCUGCACAUUGAGCGCAAACUAGCGAAGCCAACCAUGAAGUCUUUCUCCGAUCUCUGCUUAUUAAUACCACACUUAUUACUUGAAUCCGGCCGUCGUGAUAUCUUAGGGGCAUACUUGCGCUAUCUGAAGGGGCUAGCCAUCCUUAAGUUCGGCAAAAACCACCCGGUCGCUGAACUGGCUUCCUCCUUCGCCGCUCUCGCUGACCGGCCCGAAGACAUGUUGCGCUACAUUACAGCUCUGGCUCAGCUUAAUGCUGAUACUAUCUCGGCGCUUCCAGUGCUGGAUCGCACACGACAAUGGGCACGUUACCAGUAUUUUGCCUGCGAACGUAGCACCUCCUCACCAUUAGCCAUCACAUACCCCGAUGCCCAGUCCCAGACACAGCCCCGUCUCACAUCUGCCUCCCGCCCCGACGGCCACCACAUGAUCCGGCUCGAAGCCCAGUCCGUCUACUGGGCCCAAAAACUCAUCCUCCACGACCCCCUCGCCGAUUCCCUUGCCCACCAAUGGCUCGAUCUCUCCUUCGCUCCCGACUACGCCACCCAAUGUGAGGCGCUGCUCACCCGUCUCGCCGCUGCACCUUUACCCAGCCCCUUCGGCCGCAUGCUCGAGUGCCUGGUCAUCGGCUGGAUACACGACUAUUACGAUUAUAUCGGUAAUUGGGAGAUGAUGUUUGAGUGGGGACGGCGCGGGCUUGAACUGAGCAGGGACGAGCAGUAUGCGCUAUGGUCGAUGCAUUUGGAGGAGAGGAUGCGGGUAUGGGGAGACGUAAGGGAAGCUGAGAGGUUGAGGGAGCGGAGGAGGGCCGAUCAGUGGUUGGAGAAGGUUAGGGGGGAUGUGGAGAGGUUGACUUUGGGAUAG